AAUUAUAGAGUCCAGUUUUUGAUAUACUGUUCACAGCAGAAGUUGUAGCUAUCUGAUCCGUUCUACUGAGAGUACUGUUUUCUAAGUAACUGAUUGUAAUUUCUUUAGAUGCGGUGCAUGCGUAUAUUACAUCCAUCAAGUGCUGGGUUCAUGUAUAACACACGUCAUAGUUAUCGAGUUAGAUUUCUGCGUGAUUUCAACAAACAAGAAGAACCGAAAUUGAGGACAGUUCCAACAAAAUGGAAGGGUCGUGUACAGUGGUGGAGAGAACCUAUCUACAUCGCACCACAUGUGAAUAUCUUACAGAAGGGAAUCGAUUUUACCUAUAAAGAUGGUCGACCAGUCUAUGUAACAUCUCUGGAUGAACUGCGGAGGAAAAAGGAACAGAUCGAAUUGGGGAAACAAAUUGUCAAACUUCUUGGUGAAGUGAAUGAAGCCGAAGAAAUGUAUAAGCAGCAAUUGGAAGCCGAAAAACAAGAAAAUGAAAGAAGUCUUGCUAUGGCACCAAUACCAAAAGGUACACAGGAAAUAUCGUAAAAGUCGAACAUAUCUUGGACGUAUGUGUUUGCAUGGAAUACACGCUUGCCAUUUGCAAGUAUUUUUGGCAAAUACUUGCCAUUUGUGAUACGGAAUUGUUUAAGGGGAGAAUAUGCCGAAUGUUCAAAUAUAUAUUUUCCAUAUAUGAAUUGAUCAUUUCUGUACAUAAAUUGAGAAAAAUUUAAAGCUGCA